AUGUAUGGCACACCAAAGAAAAUCCUCAUAAAAGUGGGAAAAAACUACAUGUUCAGCGGCCCGCGGUUUUCUCAGGAGCCGGCGGAUCAGUCUGUGGUGGUCGGGGAGAGAGUAGUUUUGUCCUGCGUGGUGUUUAACUACACCGGCAUUGUACAAUGGACCAAAGACGGGCUCGCUCUUGGCAUCGGAGAAGAUCUGAGGGCAUGGCCACGGUACCGUGUUUUGCGUAUUUUGGAUGUUGGGCAGUAUAACCUAGAGAUCACAUCAGCAGACCUGACCGAUGACUCACUGUACGAGUGUCAGGCCACUGAAGCUGCUCUGAGGUCCAGAAGAGCUAAACUCACUGUUCUGAUUCCUCCUGAAGGUCCUGUUAUCGAGGGCUCUCCAGAGAUCCUGCUGACAGCAGGAACCUCAUAUAACCUCACCUGUGUGUCUCGAGGAGCAAAGCCACUGUCAACGAUAGAAUGGUACAAAGAUGGGAUCAUAGUGGAGGGACCCCAUACCAGCACUGAGGUGUUAGCCGACAGGAAGAGGGUGACCACAAAGAGUUUUCUGGAGAUCCAGCCAGUGGACACAGAUACAGGACGAAAUUUCACCUGUGUGGCCUCAAACCUGGCCGCCCCGCUGGGAAAGAGGGCCACUAUUACUCUCAACAUCCACCAUCCUCCUACAGUCAUCCUGUCUAUAGAACCUCGCUCAGUUCUAGAAGGAGAGCGAGUUCAAUUUACCUGCCAGGCCACUGCCAACCCUCCCAUUAUGGGCUACAGCACUGAGGUGUUAGCCGACAGGAAGAGGGUGACCACAAAGAGUUUUCUGGAGAUCCAGCCAGUGGACACAGACACAGGACGAAAUUUCACCUGUGUGGCCUCAAACCUGGCCGCCCCGCUGGGAAAGAGGGCCACUAUUACUCUCAACAUCCACCAUCCUCCUACAGUCAUCCUGUCUAUAGAACCUCGCUCAGUUCUAGAAGGAGAGCGAGUUCAAUUUACCUGCCAGGCCACUGCCAACCCUCCCAUUAUGGGCUACAGUGUGUGUGUGUGUGAAUGCAUACAUGUUUUUCUGCAGGUUUGGGCCUGGAAGGAGAACGUGUGGGAAAAAGAGAGUGGAACGCUGUUGGAGAGGUACACAGUGGAGCAGAGCCGACCUGCGUCACAAGGGGGUGCCGUUCUGUCCACUCUCACCAUCAAUAAUGUCAUGGAGUCUGACUUCCAGUCCACCUACAACUGCACGGCAUGGAACGCCUUUGGACCAGGAACCAUGAUCAUCACUCUGGAGGAGACAGAUAUAGUGCCUGUAGGUGUGAUAGCAGGUGGAUCUGUUGGAUCUUCCAUUUUGCUUCUGCUUCUCCUGUUUGCUCUGAUAUUCUAUCUGUAUCGACAGCGCAAAGGCAGUCGUCGUGGAGUCACAUUGAAGCCAGACAUUAAGGUGGAAACGGUCAACAAGGAAACUCACAGUCUUGAGGAAGAGGCUGCUGGCGCCUCCACAGCUACACGAAUGGUAAAGGCUAUGUAUUCUCCCUUCAAAGAUGACAUGGACCUGAAGCAGGACCUCCAGAGCGACACGGUGGAGCCCAAGGUGGAGGAGUAUGAGCCCAAGGACCCCACCAACGGCUACUACAAUGUUCGAGCUACGACACAUGACGAGGUCCGCACCUCUACCCGCUCCCUGCUGUACCAGGAAUUUCGGCCACCGAAUCCCGCUUCAGUUUUGGCAACAGCCGGCGGCCCAGUGGCCAACAUUCACCCGGCACCCACAGGCCGUUACGAGCCCCGGCCUGCUUCCCGAAUGGCUCACAACACAUACGCCCAUUUUAACACCAUUGCCAGGGCAUCGCAAAUCCAAGCCCCACCCAAGCCUGUCUCCAAGCCCACAGACUAUUCUGGAGAACGUGGCCUGCUGGAAUCAACCAAUCCGCUGGCUUUUGACAGCUACGCUUAUUCAACGACACCUCAAUACAGGUUAGGCUUCGCCCCACCUUUGGAGGCAGGACCAGCCUAUGAAAUGUAUCCUACGGGACAAGGGGUGGGGACGAGUCAAGAUGCUAAUGCAGGAAAAUACCCCAGCUCUCCCCAAUUUCCAUAUUCAACCCCGCCCACAGAAUACUCUCAGAGACACACGCAGAGAAUGCAGACUCAUGUGUGAAACAGACACACUUGCCA